GCCUUUAAUGUAAUGGAACUUGAUUUCAGGGUGUUUGCAUUGGUUUAAGUGAAGUGAUGUCAAGUGCUGGGAAGAGCCAGUUGCUGAGUUUCAUGCACAAGCUUAUCCCUACCAUUCGGACAGCACUUUGUGAUCGCAUGACCUGAGGUUCGUGAAUCGGCAGGGUUGGCAUUCAGCACUCUCUACAAGACUGCUGGAAUGCAAGAAAUUGAUGAGAUUGUUCCGACACUUCUGCAUGCUCUUGAUGACAAUCAAAUCUCUGAUACUGCUCUGGAUGGAUGGUUUGAAACAGAUUUUAAGUGUCAGGACCAGUGCUGUGCUGCCUCAUAUCCUUCCCCAAGCUUGUGUCCACAUUCCUCUUUCUGCCUCAAUGCACAUGCUUUGGAAGCUUUAGCAGAGGUUGCUGGACCUGCUUUACUCACUGCAAUGGGCUAUACUGAUAUGGAGAUUGAAAGUCUCGCCAAGAAAGCAGCAGAAACUGUUGUGAGGAAGGUAUCGAGUCUUUACUGUCGGAGCUUCUCAAAGGAGUUGGAGAUAUUCAGGCUUCAAUCAGACAAAGUUCUGCUUGUUUUGACUAUGAGACUAUUAAAUGGAUUGCAACCAACAAAAUAAGCUAUACGUAGACAUUACGUUGCCUAUUUAUGGUCGUUCAUUCGUAUAAUAGGGGACAGAUUCCCAUGGCAAGUUAAAAGUUCAAUUCUCUCAACUUUGAGCAUCAUAAUAUGGAAGGGUGGGUUGGCCCUAAUGCCUUUUCUUCCCCAGCUUCAAACAACAUUUGUUAAGUGUUUGCAGGAUA